GCCACUUCUUCACUUGCUUCGCCAGUUUACCUUUACUCCUCGACAGAUGUUCUGUGGAAUAUAUUGAAGCAAGUCUGCUGUUAUAAUGAGUGAAACCCUUUCACAUCCAACUAAUCCCAAGUAUUGAUCAUUUAUGUAUAACCUUCCUUUCAGGAUAAGCUUUUAGCGUGUGAAUGAAUCAACGCUGACUCGCGCUGCACAACCUAGAGAGGGUGGAACUUGAGACUUCACAGUGCAACUUGAGUACGAGGACAUAUCUGAUUAGCCAACUGACUUUAGCUGCAAAUCCUUGUAACGUGGCAAAAACUUUAAUAUCAAGAUGGAGUUUGCUGCCCUAAUAGCUCUUACUUUAGUGAUCGGGGCAUUGGUGCUACUAGUCUUUGUUGCAGUAAACAAAAGAAAAGGCGAGCUACCUGAAGUAGUGGAACAGAAUGAGGACUCUGGUGUGGAGCAGAACGUGGCCAAACCUGUCCCAGCCAAAAAGCAGAAAGCUCAACAGCGUCCGAGGAAGGAGAAAGUUCAGCAGCACACAUUCACUCACCCACUUUUGGCUUCCUCUUUAAAGGGCCACAGUAGCAGCGUAACCUGCAUUGACUUCAGCAGCAAUGGCAAGUACCUGGCCUCGUGUGCGGACGACCGCACAGUGCGAAUAUGGAGCACCAAGGACUUCUUGGAGAGAGACCACAAAUGCCUGCGUGCCAACGUAGAACUGGACCAUGCCACGCUGGUCAGCUUUAGUCCAGACUCAAGAGCCUUCAUUACCUGGUUAGCUAAUGGGGACACCAUACGCGUUUUCAAAAUGGCCAAAAAGGAGGACGGAUCAUUCAGCUUCACAGCCAACCCAGAGGACUUCCCUCAGAGACACAAAACCAUUGUCAUCAACAUUGGAAUAGCAGAAACAGGUAAAUUUAUCAUGAGUGCCUCAAGCGACACCACUAUCCUGGUGUGGGACCUUAAAGGAGAAGUGUUGGCCUCCAUCAACACCAACCAGAUGAAUAACGCCUAUGCAUCCAUCUCACCUUGUGGAAGGUUUAUUGCGUCCUGUGGGUUCACCCCUGACGUUAAGGUGUGGGAGGUGUGCUUUGGCAAGAGUGGCGAGUUUAGAGAGGUCGUGCGAGCGUUUGACCUCAAAGGUCAUUCGGCAGGUGUCCAUUCCUUUGCCUUCUCCAACGACUCCCGCAGGAUGGCGACGGUGUCCAAAGACGGCACGUGGAAGCUGUGGGACACGGACGUGGAGUACAAGAAGCAGCAGGACCCCCGGCUGCUGCGCACCGUGCCCUGCAAGUCCUCGGAGGGCAGCCGGGUGGCGCUGUCCCCCGACGGGCGCGUGGUGGCCAUCUCCAACGGCUGCGACGUGGCCAUGUUCAACGCCACCUCGGGCGAGCUGGAGCAGGAGUUCCACGGCGUGCACGCCGAGGAGGUCAACCACCUCCGCUUCGACAUCAACGGACGCUUCCUGGUGUCCAGCGGCGACCGCGCCAUCCGCGUCUUCCACAACGUGACGGGCUACCGCGCGGCCAUCCAGGACAUGCAGGAGAUGCUGAAGAAGGCCUCCAACGAGGGCAUGAAGCAGCGGCUACAGCAGCAGAUCAAGGAGGCGCAGAGCGCCCUGGACGCUGUGCUGGCUGGCGGCCACUGAAAUAGACAAACGUUUGUAUGCUGCUGCAGCUGCUGUUUGUUGCUGCCGUGGGGUGGGGUGGACAUGGGACGGGGAUGGAAAAGUGGUAGCGGAUGGAAGUGGAGUGGAAACUUUCCAGUUGUGGAGAAUGGCUGGGGAUGUGUCCAGUUGUGGUCAUCUCCUUGCCUGGCCGUGUUUAGACCCAAUGAUCGUCUAUUAGAAUAAUAUAAGUCAAACUCUGCCCAUUCAAUGCAAAGGAGUGUGCUCAAGUUCUGUCUCCCAAGGGGGCGUUGUCCCAUCCUUCUUCUUCUUUUUCUGUGGUGUUUGGUGGUUGCUUGCAUAAAAUGUGUACUACUGCCAUCUACAGCAGAAAGUUAACUCAAUGUAUUCUCAACUGUAAGUCUCCUAACCGAAGGUCUCCUGAAGGGGCGUUCACCUCACGUCCCAUGGAUCCCGGAAAACUAUGUGCCUGAAGAAUCUUACUCUAUUAGACGAUCAUUGCUUAGACCCACAUCGGCGGCAAACAAACGAAUGUCACUGCCAUACCUGGGCAACUGGGUAUGAGGGACAAAAACGGACACUCAACUUCAUUUAAUGUGGCUAUAGCAUGGCCAGUCAAGUCAUCUCUUCUUGUCCUCCACCUCCUCUUCUCCUCCAACUUGUAAAGGAAUGGUGGCGGUUUCUGUCUGAGCUUCGGCCUGUCUGCCUCAUCCUCCACAUCUACGUCCAUCCUCGCCAUCAGGCUCCAUCUCCGUCUCCUCCUCUCUCACCAUUUCCCAAUGUCAAGUGUUUUAGCCUUGGUAGUGCGUGAAACACCCAGUGAUUGGAUAGUCUUUGAUGAACUCUGCGGAGUAUCCAAUCACUAGGCAUUUCUCGCUCUACCAAAUCUGGUGUGGAGAUGUGGCCGCCGAUGAUUACCG